UAUAAUACUAAACCGAGCAUGAUUUGGACGUACUUGAAGAGUAGCUGACUUGGUUAGCUAGCGUCUGUUGUUAUCCUUUGGUCACGAGUUCAAUUCCUGCAGUUGUAUUUUUUUGUUUUUUCAGCUUUUUUUCCUAUUCUCUUUAAUCUUGUCCCACACCGGAAAAUGAGAAGGUUCCUACUCCAAAACUUCAAUAUAAACAAGGUCCUCUUAGUGUAGAAUGCCAAGAUAUGUUCUUGGAAGCUAAGUUACGUUCUGGGCUUUCAUUGGGCUAAUUGGGCUCAAAUAUUGGCAAGUUCCAAUGGGCUUUAAUCAAUUGAAUAUCAGUUCAAUUUUUUUUAUUACAAAUUAAUCGGUUUUUUUCGGUUUCCGUUAAACCGAACCGACAAAAUCGGGUACCAAAAAUCGGUACCCGUUUGUAUAUCGGUUCGGUUCCGGUUCUGAUAUUCAAUUGAUUACCAAAUCGGUUCGGAACCUGAACCGAAACCAGCCCUAUAAAUACCCCAAGGCCAGGGUCAUUCUCCUCGUGCGAAAUCCUUAUAGCGAAGCUCUGCCAAAUUUUCUAGAGAGAGAAACAGCAGUCAUCGAUCAGAUUCUAAGGUGUCAAUAUGGAUCUCAAUGCCUUCGCCAACCUCAAAAAGCAGAAGGUGAAGGUCCCGGGCCAGAAGGAGCCCGUCAAGCAGAAGCCCCUCGGGGAUAUGAAGAAGGGCGGUGAGCCCUCGGGGGAGGCCGCAAAGCGGAAGGCCGCCGGCAAGGCCCCAAUCCCCGAGGGGAAGAAGCAGAAAAAGGGGGACGCCGGGAAGAAGGCUCCCCUGGUGGUGGUGGUGGACGAGCAUUCCGCCUCCGAGCCCAGUGCUCCGACUGCUCCUUGCCCGCCCUCGGGUAAAGGUGGCGAGGCAAGCUUGCCUCGGGAGGACAUACAGUUCUCCCUGCCGAAGGGGUCUGCCAUUACGUAUGACACAGUGGACCCCCGGGAAUUUCUGGGCGGGGCUACACCCGCUCUGGACAGGCGGGCCCUCGAGAAGCUGGAUGAUGAAGCCCUCGAGUCCAAAAUCCUCCGGUCCUCUCUUACCGCUUGCAUAGCCCUCGGCGAACACGCCAGGAGAUUCGACGAGUGGCGCCUCCAGAAGGCGCAACAGGAGGAGUCCCUCAAGAAGCUUGUUCACGAUAAUGCCGAGGCCGUGAGGUAGAUGGCUCAACUGGAGAGGGACCUCCAGCAGGCGAGGGCGGAAGCAGAGAGCGGCCAAGGAGAGGGUGGAGAUGGAGAAGGCGGCUGUCGAGGCUGCGAAGAAGGCCCUUGAAGACGCCGAGGCCGCAAAAGCAGAGGCCGCCGCCGCUGCAGUCGCUGCCUUCAUGACCGAGGGCUGGAAGGCCGAAGGCCAUAAAGACUGGGUGGCCUCGGUCAUGGAGAGUUCUGCCGACGGGUGGGUGAAGGGCCCCGAGGCUAUGUGGCUAGCCCGAAAGGGUGAAGAUUACUAUGUCGAGGGGAGUUCUUCACCCAGGCCCUAAUCUACAGGAGGCUCGCCCGACACCUGAAAAUAGAGCCAACGGCCUUCGACCCGGCGGCAUACGCCCCCCCUCCAGCCUGAUAUCAGAGUCCCCCUUCCCGAGGGCGUCGAGAGGCCGGAACUGGAAGAUUCAGAACUCCUGAAAGAGGCCGAGGGCGAUUAGGCAGAGGCUGAUACGGAGGUCAUCUCGAAGCCCGCGGAAGAGGCUGCCCCCGGUGUCGACAAUAUGUGAUAUGUACUUGUAGUGUUUUGAAUGUCUUUCCUGUAUGUAAUGAACGUCUGUAUACUGUCGGCCUCGGCCAUUCUGUAAUUUACACAUUCGAAUUUCUUUCCUUUGAUGAAUGAAUGAUUGCCUUCGGGCUUUGUGUAUAUAACAUGCUUCC